AUGGGCAACAAGCCACUGGCCUCAUCGCCUAAGAAUGUGGACAUCCCGGACAUCCCUGUUUUUAAUUCGCCCCCACCCUCGAAAGACUCGCAAAUGCUCAUAGACAGCAAAGGCAGAUUUAUCUACGUAGGCGAGUCGGCUUCUCUCUCAUUUCUCGAGACAGUUAGAAGCUCAGUUCAGGAUACGGUAGGCCCCUGUGCUUUCACCAACGAGCCAGUUCGAAAUCCUAUGUUUGAAAGCUCGCCGAAGAUCCGCUUUGAAACGGCCCAGGAGCCAUUACUAGACUUGGUCACCGCCCCAAGUCUUGUGAAACAAUUCUUCCUCGCCGUCAGCGGCAUACUUGACCUGUUUGAUCCGCCGUGGCUGAUUGCUCAACUACAAGGUUGGAUCGAACAGCCCUCACAGAUAUCCAAGGCGAACUCGGCCAUCAUCCACCUCGCUCUGGCCAUAGGAGCCCAAGGGAGAGCCCAAGGAGAAUUAGAUGAGCUUCUUGCAGAACAAUGCUUUGCGUAUGGACGCCAACUCAUUAUUUUCAACCUCAUGAAUGACCCCAGCCUAGCUUCUAUCCAAGCAGUAAUGUUGAUGACAUACUACAUGAUCGCUGCAUGCCAAUACAAUGCCGCCUUUAUCAAUCUCGGCGUCGCUGCCAGAUCGGCUUACACUCUUGGUAUCCACCUCCACGAGACAAAUCAAGCGUUUGGCGGUGGCGAAGGCUUGGCUCGAGAACGCGCCUGGAAGUCGCUGCGAGUUUGUGACCUCUUCUUGGCCGCGUCUCUGGGCAGACCACCUGCGACGUCGGAGUCGAUUUCCAACAUUGCCUGGGCCCCAAUUAACUCCCUGCGAGAGUACAGGCUCCCCGGCGUGGCUGGGCAAGUCUUUUCCGCCAUGUUCAGGAUCUGCAAUGUCUUUGAACGGGUAUUGGUCGAGAUAUAUGCGGAAAAGGCCGUCAGCCUUGAGCUCGCCAAAAGUAUUUCACGACAGCAUCGUCAAUGGACCGAAGAGUUGCCACGAAUGCUGAUGGUCGACGGACUUGAAGAGUCAUGCACGGGCGAAGAUCCUGCUGAAUCCCCAAGGAACUUUGGACUGUCCCCUAGACAUGGGUCCAGAAUCGUCACCAUGGCUUAUUACUACUCCAUCGUGCUACUUACACGGCCGUUUCUGACUUUUCAAGUUCGAAACGGUUCGGAAGAGCCUCAUAAAGUAGACAGCUCUACUACCAGGACUAGUUUUGCUGACUACGCAGACGCCUGUGUGAUCUCGUCUAUUAAAGGAAUCGACAUUGCUUACGAGUAUGUCUUCAAAAUGAAUACCCCAAGGCGCCAACCUAUUGUCGUCAAUAGUGUGUUUAUAUCGGCACUAUGCCUGGGGUUGGCUUCUCUGAACACAUGUGGUCAUCAUAAAUGGCCUCUAGGUCCCUCUCUUGAUCGAGCAAUCACUAUCUUGACACAUCUAGGGGAGCUUAGCACCCAAUCAGCUCAAUAUGCCGAGGUAUGCAGACAGCUAAAGGAAGCUGGUGACAUUUACGCCACAAGAAGAGACGAUAGCGUACUCCAACAAAACUACCAAGUUGUCCGAAGCAUUUUUGGUGACCUACAGGCUUCCUCAAAAGUUCAAUCUUACAAUGAGAACCCUAAAAGUAACACGGUAUCUCCAGGAAAAUCUGGGUGGAGCGUGCCGGCUGAGGAUGUCAUGAUUCAAACACCACCCCUGUUCGACUUUAGCACGAUUCAGAAAGCAUCUACGGUUCCCACAUCUGGUCUAUUGCCUGGGCAGGGGGCAAUUCCCUCCCAUAGCUACAAUCAGUAUGAUUCAGGUGUCGAGCAUGCGCAGGAUCAUCAUCCUAUUAGCAGUACAGCAGACCUGUUGUCUGGAUACUUUCAUGAUCAGGAUGUUCCUCUAUUCCCCUUGACGAGCAUUUCAUCAACGGAGUCAUACUUUGGCAACUAUAACCUCGGCUGAUCCUUUCUUGGAGACCGGCUCAAGGAAGAUCAUAGGACUCGAAUAGCGGGAUCGCCGAGCGAACCUUGGUACUUCCUUUGGCCGGGCUGAACUUUGGCCUAGACACCCAGUCAGCUGUGGUUUUGGUGUUGCUGAAGUUAUCCCGCCCAAAGGCGCAAAUUAUGGGGGGUGUUGUACAGUG